AUUUGGUGUGUGUUUGGUAUUUUUAGGGUCAAAAUUUGAGAAUUAACUUCGACACCGGCAUUUGAGAAGUAAUCGAGAGAGUUGAGAUGCAUUUAAGAGUUGAUUAGCAUAAUUGGAAGUUUAAAAGGUGCUAAAGACAAAGUAUUGAAGACAAGGGAGCUCAAAGAUCAAAUACGAGAUCAAACGAGGACAAAUAGAGCUUGAAAACGGCGAUCAGGAUAACGUUAUGUCAAUCGUUCGAGCAUAUCUUUUCGUAUAAAUAUUCAAAUGAUGCGAUUCAGGUUCCAUAUGAAAGAUAGCUUAAAGGUCUACCAUUCACACGAAGACACCAUGACGAGAAUGUGAGAGGAUCAAGGUGAAAAUAGAUGAUUAAGUCAGACAAUUGUUGUUGAGAUUUCAUGAUGCGACCUUGCACCAUUUUAUCCAUAUCUCUUAAUAGGAUUAUAUAAUUCCAGUUUUGAAAGUUGUGGUGGAUAUUGAAAUUCAUUAGCUAUAACUAUGAUGAGGUAAGAAAAGUCAAAUUCAGAAGGGAGAAGCGCGCGUCGUGCGCACGAAUGAAAAAUGCACACCAUGUGCAAAAGAAGAAAUCACGUAUAGGCUAAUGGAGGCCACGCAUGCCGUGUGUGGCAAAUUUUACGCUCCGGGUACUCCGGACGCAUGGGAGACACGCACGCUGUGCAUGUGCACCGUGCAUGCCCUCAAUUUUUCCGUUUUCGGCCUGAAUUGCUUCGUUUUCUAUUAAAACAUCCCCUAAACCCUUUUUUUAGGCAAAAGCCUAUCGAGAGUGCUGAGGACGAAUUUUUCAAUACUUUGAACAUUGGAUAUUCAAGAUCCUAUGAUUAUUUGCCAUCUGUACAAGAACACCAUCCUAUGCCUAAGGGAAGACGCUUAGAGAUGCUUGGGAUUGCAGGAGAAGAGCAACAGAUUCCCUUCAAUGAAUUUAUGGGUGCAGCAGAAUAUUUUGGUGGACAAAUGCUGGAUGGGAUGAACAAGCUGGUCCUUAUCAAUGAUAAACACUAUGAGCAUCUGACACAGGUCAAUGCAACUCUUGAAUCUGGUUUCAAGCACCUAUCAGACACCCUUGCAACCUCACUACACAACUUCAUGACCUCAUCCAAUGCAAAGGUUGAUGCCAUCUCCACUGAAGUGAACACUAUCAAGAACGUUCUCUCAUCCAUGGAUCAAACUAUGAACUCCUAGCAUACCACUCUAACCUCCUUAUCUCAGGCUGUUAACUCCCUACAGAGGUCUGAUAUUCAAAUCGAAGAGAACCUCAAGAGCCUUCACACCCUUUGCAGAGAACACUCUGACCAAGGCAAGUUACUCCUGACCGCUGACAAAGAAAGGUAUCAGAAGAUGGUCCUUUUGGAAGCCAACAACAAAGAUAUCCUCUCUGCUAUUCAGAAGCAGCAAGGAUUGAUAGAGGGACUCACAUCUGUUACACAGACUCUACCAGAAGCCCUCGAACAGAUUGCUUCUACUCAAGCGUCAAAAUUCCAGAAACUCUCUCUCAUGAUUGGUGAUCUAGAUGAUGCCAAAAAGGGGAAAGAAGACCCCAACAUCCUAAGCCUCGCCCUAUCAGAACUUCUGGCAGAGUAUCCUCUUAUGUUGAACCAGCUGUUGAUCCUGCACCAUAUUUUGAAGCUGCCAUUCAGAAGAAGCGUUUAGCUGGCAUUUCUAGGCCCCCAUCUCCACAGAAGAAAGGAUCUAAGAAAAAGAAGGCUCUGAGUUUAAGAGAUUGGAGAUUGGGUGGAUCUCAAAGGAUUGAUAAAUCCCAGUUAGAUGAGAUGAAACAAAAGAUGACUCCCACUCAGCAGCAGAACCUAUAUCUUGACAGAGAUGGUCUUGUAAAGGUCAGACAUGGUGGUUCCUUGGAAGAAGCUGAAUUUUGGUAUCUCAACAAAAUUCUUCUGGGAAAGGACAUUCAUGAGGGUGUCCUUAGUUAUCUGGAUUGCAAGCUCUCACCUAUCUGGGCCUCACAUCAGAGCACUGACAAUCUUGUAGGAAUUUGAGAAGCUGUCAAUGCAGAGAUAAAGAGAUUGCAAGAACGGGAAGAUGAAGCUUUGGCUGCGGCAGCAAGGGAAAAUCUGUAAAGGAUUACCCUUGUAAACCUUAUGUCAAUAAAAGAACAACUCUGCCUUUCACUUUGUAAGGCAAUUACUCACAAUCUGUCUCUUUUGCUUGUUUUUUAAUUGUUUUCAGUAUAUUUUGUUAUUAUCUACUAUCUGAAUGUACUGUACUCUUACUAUCUUCCUAUGCUAAGUUGCC